CCUGUUUACGUUCGAACAAUGUAGGUCAUUUUAGGUCGUAUAUUUUUACAGGUCAUGUUUCUUGUGACUUUUCGAUUCUGGGAAAUACCAUUCCGUUUGAAUUUGAAUUUUCAAUGCCGUAGGUAAUGUUUUAGGAAUACUGCUGUACUGGAAUCGAUCGGGUGUCGAGUAAUUCGUUGUUCCCAUUUGAUUUGAAGAUGGCUAAACGACAGACUGGUGGAAAGUCAGAAAUGGGUAAAUCUGAUAAAACAAACUUUGAAUACAACCAUUUUGUUGUGCUACAGGAAGCUUACAAUGGUUUGCAACGAGAGUUUUUGGACCUUAAAAAGCUCUUUAUUGGAAAUGAGCAACAAAAAUUGGAAAUGGAAGAACAGUACUUGCUGUUGCGCCAGUCAUACGAAGACUUGCAGAUACAAUCUCAAGAGCAGCAAGCAAAACUUGUAGAAAACUUAGAGAAAAGUUAUGAUGCAUACAAUGAAAAAUUUAUGAAAGUCGAGGAACUGGAGAAACAGCUAGAUCAGUGCAACAAGAAUCUAGAAGAAAUUAAUGAGCAAAACAAAAAUAAGGCAGGGUCCAUACAAGAUCAAAUAAAUCAAGUAAAUUUCCAAAGAAAAAUGUUUGAAGAAGCUGUACAAUCUUCUCUUGCGAAUGUUGGCUUAACUCUUGUUGCAGAGAAUGACCAAUUGGAGGUUAAGUUGCUCGAUCACAAAAGGCUGCAACACCUACUUCCUGGUUAUAAUAAUGAUGGCGGUCCUAAUAGUACCGCAAAAGACAAAAAAAUAGCCAGUCUUGAACAAGCCAAUGCUUACCUGCAACAAACACUGUUAUCCCUCAAGGACUUUUCGGGAAAACAGCAAGAAGAGUUGACAAGAACAAAUGAUAUGCUCCAGAAAAAAACGGAAGAAUGUGUGAACUUGAGAAAAGGAGUUAAAAAUAAUAGUACUACAAAAGAUGAAAAAUUAGCCAGCCUUGAACAAGGCAAUGCUUUCCUGCAACAAACACUGUUGUCCCUCAGGGAGUUUUCAGGAAAACAGCAAGAAGAGUUAACAAGAACAAACGAUAUGCUCCAGAAAAGAACGGAAGAAUGUGUGAACUUGAGAAAAGGAAGUCAAAGACAAAGACAAGGUGAAGGAACUAUCUCAGUGCAUACAAAAACUCUCCGAAGUAUAAUGUAUGGCUUGUCGGAAAUGUCCGAGUUUGUUGUUGGUUUGAAGAAAACCAUUUGCGACCAGAACUCUUGGAUCGAUAUGCUUGUUGAAGCACUGACCGAGUAUAGAAAAUCUCAACUGUCUAAGGAAGAUGCGAACAAAGCCGCAGUUUCUGAUGCUUCCUUACCUAAGAACAAAGUACUAGGCUCAAAUACAGUGAAUCGCCCUAGUAACUCUGCACAAAAUUUUUCUAAUGGCAAGAAAAAAAAGCCAAAGAAGAAAACCAAGGAUUCUGGACACAAAGUUGAAGAUAAACCACCUGAUAAUGUCUCAGGAGUUGCUUCUGGGAAUAGUGUCAUUUUAACUGAUCAUCAAACGGGGCAUCCUGGUGACGUGCUCUUAUCAGGUGAGAUAGAGGACAAUGAAAAGCUCGAAGAGUUUGGAGAAUUCAUAGUUGUGCACUCCAAACGACGCUCGGCCGUUGCUCAAGGAGCUCGAAUUGAUAAUGCAAACAGCGCCAGCGGUCAAUCACAUGCGCGCUCACCUUUUUUGUCACUGCAGCCCGAUGGCAGAACUUCAAAGAACAGGAAACCCAUGUCAUUACACCAUCAAGUUCAGGGGAUGUCCAUCUCAGGUAUGGACAGUGGGAGAAAAACAUGGGCACAUUUUAAUAGUGAUUUUGCUGGGCAGAAUCAUCGAGCUUCGGAUAAUGACAUGUCGAAGAAGGAGCAGGUUACAGUCUCUGACGAAAUGUGCCCCAUGUGUAACAAAAUUUUUGACAGAUCAUGCGAUUUAGAUGAACGGAGAAGUCAUAUAAACAGUCAUUUUGAAAGUUAAUGGUGACAUUUCGUAUUUCUCAUUAGAAGGAGCAAUAUCAAAACUGCUAUGUUGGAUAUGAAUCACCUGGUAAUUAUAUUCAUCAGCUUCUCAUACAUCAACUACUUGCGGUGAUUAUCAGUCUACUAAUGACCCAUUUACUGCCAUUUUUACACACAAAUACGUUGAAUAUGGUAUUCAUGUACACAUGCACUAUUCAUCACACAGUUUUGUCUCAUUGGAUAUCACAGAAUCAUCCAAUCAAGACAAGGAACAGUUUUUCGCUGUAUUGUAAAUUGAUCACUUUGGUUAAAAACGAUCAUACAACAGUAGCUACAUUUACUUAAAGCGCUUAGUUCGAAAAACUUUUAUUAGGUCGUAUUCGGCUGCGAUCGUAGACAGAGAUAAAUAAUUAAAUGGAGUAUUCUUGUUACAUUUUAUUGUUCAUACCGUGUUGUUGACUUGUAUCAUACGUAAUUUUUAAAAAUCAAAGGAACCUGGAUAUAAAAGACGAGCUUGCUAAGUUAUUAUACUGUAACUACAGAUUCAUUGCAAAAUUUUUAAGUGCUUAACGCCUCAGAUUAACUAACUGAAUUUUUUAGUUAUAAAUACAUGUAUAUAUAUACAAUUUU